UGCCUCCCUCAACACAUUAUCCUCAUUCUCCUUUUAAAUCACAUGAAAAUCCAGUAAUUUUCACUUUAUAUUCACCUUCUUACUCUGAAGAAGAUUUUAAUAAUGAACAUGAUAUUAUAAAUAAGGUUAUAUCUUAUGAUGAUUUUAGCGAAAUGAUUGAAAAUAUGUUUGAAUGGAAUGUUAUGGAUACUUUAGGUGAUGGAGAUCAAAUAUUUUAUAUUAAAAAUGAUAUGGAAGAAGACGAAGAAAUGAUUGAAGAUGAAAUGAUAGAAGAAAACAGGGAUCACAAGGAUCGUAAGGACCAAAUGGAUCACGUGAACAUAUUUGAAAAUUUAUCAAAUGAAGAGAUUACAGUUGAAGAAGAGGAAGUUAUAGAAAUGUCUGGUGUGAGUGUAUAUGAAGAAUGUUAUGAUAUUGAAACCAAGUUUAUUAAAGAAAGAUUUGUUAAUUAUGGUGUAUCUGGAGCAUGUCCAUUAUCUGAGAAUAGACAAAAUAGGCGCGAAAAUCUUUCAAGGGAUGAUAAAGAAGAUUUAGUGAAAUGUAUCAAAGAGUGUCAAAAAAUUAACGCGCAAAAAUCAAAAGAUCGUAAAAGAUUAAGAGAAAAUCGAAUUAAUCGAAAUCAAGAAGCUCAUGAACCUUUUAAAGGUAACCCCAAUACGCAAGAUGUAAAAACAUGGUGUAUUAAUUAGGGAAAUGGGAAGAGUUAAUUAUUUACUUUUAUUCAUUUGUAAAAAGUAAAAAAAAAAAUUUUAUUUCUAGAGAAGAAAAAAAUUUU